UUUCAGUUUUAUUUUUUAUCAACUUCAAUCAAGCAACGAUGCGUAACGAAACAUUCUACACAGUCGACAACUAUUGCGCUAAUAUGGGAGGACCAGCUGCGGGAACAGCGGAUUGCAGCGUAGGUGUAAUUGUGCCAGAGUCGCCUAACCCGGAGUACGAUGAAGUCCGUGAGCUACGUUCAUCCAAAUUGGAUAAAAAGAAUCUCCCACAGGAAUUUUGUCUAUGGAAAAGAAGAGCUCGCUCGUCAGAAAUUCUAGGAUGUAUAGUUGUGGAUACAUGUGCACUUCUAAAUGAGCCUGAUAUCAUUGAGAUCAGCCUAAAAAAUAAAAUUCUUGUGCUGAUCCCCUUUCCUGUGUUGUGUGAACUGGACAAACUCCAUAAAAGUGGAAAGUACUCCAGUUAUAAGAAGGCUCAACAAGCGAUGCAUUGUUUGAGAAAGUCGAGCAUGUGUGACUAUUUGAUAAUUGAGGAUUCUUUCGAUUCGUUGGAGGAAGUCAAUGGUUUCAAAGCCGCGAGAAAUAACAACGAUGACCUGAUCUUGAGAUGUGCCUUCAAAAUUCAAGUAAACCUGCCUGCAAACUGUGUUGGAAAAAGAAUCCUCUUCAUUACUGAUGAUUGUCUCCUUUCUCUCAAAGCACGUGCUCAUGAUGUUAGGUACCUCACAGCAAAGGAGUAUCUGGCCGAACUCCAGAAGUCUGGUUUGAAUAUUAGUUUGGACCCUGAGGAGGAACCUAUGGAAAUUGACCCGCCUCAAAAUUCUGUCAUAUUGCCGCAAGAGAGUGUCAAAGUGAAGGAUCAACCAAAGGCCUCUGCUAAGAAGCCUGCAAAAGAGAAAGAAGGCAAACCCUCUGAGAAUGUUGUGAAGAAGCCGUUAAACGGGCAUAUAAGCAAGCAUCAUAGUCGCAAAGGAGUGCCGAAGAAGAAGGAGCACCAAGAAACAAGUAAAGUUGGAAAGGAUCAGAAACUCGAGCCUUCUGUACGGAACAGUACACCAGCACCUGCUAAGAAGGUUAGUAGUGGGGGAGAUAAAAAGACAUCCAAGAGCCCUCCUGUACCUGACAACCUCGCACCUGUCUGUAACCAGGAGAAUAAUGCACAGCUGUCCCCCCAAGUAUCUGAAAUACCCAGAAAUCCAAGUGCUGCCUAUAAUAUACGCUGUAAUCAGAAUAUGUACUACGAUAACGACCAAACUGCAAACUACUACGCCGCUGACAAUGCUGCAUAUCCCCCACUGCAACCUUUCGCCUAUCCGAAACAGUAUGGCCCUGGCUGGUCGUACGGUUAUCCCAAUAUGCGCAAUCGUUCGCACCCUUACUCCUAUGGUAAUAGUCGAGUUCCUCUCGGUGCUUACCGUGGAUCCCCGAAACCACAGAAUGGACUUUGCGAAAGUCGAUUGCACCCAAAUCAAUACCAGUGGCAAAGCUACGAUCAUCAGAAGCACCUAAAUCCAUAUCAGUGGCAAAGUUACGAUUAUCAGAAGCAGAGGAAAGGAUGGAAGCCGAAGGUACCGACAAAGAUGGUCGAGAGGUUAAGCAUUGUUGACGGGCCGCAACGUUCUUACUAUAGAUCCAACAGUAGAAGAGGAAGUUCCGAAAGUUUGAGAACCAAGCCAAACGAGGUGGAUGAAAAUCAAGAUCAGGGAAGGAAAAUCUUUAGCGAAUUCAUUUCACCUGCUGAAAAUGCUAUAUCGAAAUUCUCCGUUAUCUGGAACGAUCUGGUCGGACUAAUCAGACAAAAGAUCGAUCACGGUCAUGUGCCAGAGAAAGUGUGCGACGACUUGAGAAGUCUUUGGAAAGCUGCUGCCACAUUAUGUCAGAGUACUGAUCUGCAAAGCUUCAAAGAAUUCGUGGCCAUGGCCACAUCGUUGUACUACUUCUGGACCCUCAACCCCGACUAUCAGAAUUUGGAAUUCCCGACAUCUGCACUUUCAAGUGCAUUGCAACUGAUGAGAAGCGAAAGCUCAGAGAAGGCUGUAGAACUUGCUAAUUCCAUUCUUUGUUAUGUCAACGAUGAUCGCAUGCGCCUCGAUAGAGUAGCAACGAUAGCGCAGUGAAUGCUUAGUUUUCUUCUUUCAACUUUUGACCUUUUAGAACUUCUAGCUAUUGUACAUAGAGUGUUUUUUGUUUUGUUUUAUGCAUUCGUUUCUGGUCACAGAGAGAUCCAUCAUAAUAACACAGGCGGUCAUCUUUUACUUCAUCUCGCUUUACAUAUUUUUCGCUACCUCCCUCUUUUCUACCAUCUCCUAUUUUAACUCUCGUCUUCUUUCAUUUCAUAGCAUUCGUCAUUUUUUCCUCAAACUCUUGAAAUUCCAUGUGGCUCGUUUUGGUUUUGGCGCACUCUGGGAGAAUGUAGUCAUUUAUUCUCCAUUUGUUACCCCAACUUCGUACACUCUAGUGUGUCCUUCUGUCUCGAUUUACCUCAAGAAGGAGCGCAUUUUCUUUUUUCCAAGUUUCCACUAUUUGGUGCUGUAAAUGCAGGUAUCUGCGUUAAGUCUGUCUCUUCUUUCCCGUCCAUUGUGAUGCUGUAAACUUUUCUGUUUCCGCCACGUGCAUAGCAGUCUUUGUGAUCGUGACUUGUAAUGUGAGUUGUGCUUUCAGUUUGCUCCCUUAGAAGCAUGCCACAUGUUAUCCACCUUUUUCAUUGUUGGUCGCAGUUCCUGUCACUUUUCAUAGCUGGUUGCACGGAAUCGCCCAUGCGAAACGCCCGCGAGCGUGUCUUGUGCGGGUUAACAUCGGCAUUCGCGCGCAUUAGUCAUCAUAGCGCCGUGCUCGGCAGCCGCGUUGCAAGCACGCUCGCGGGAGUUCAACCUGCAGCGAUAUGGGCGAUUUUGUGCAGUCGGCUCUAGUUGCAGAUCCUGUCAUCAUGUUCGUACAAACCAGAAGAUAGGUAUGUGAAU